GUUGGGUCCCCCUUUGGCUCAGGUUCCCUGCCCCUCCCCCUUCCCGGAGCCCCGAGGGGCCGGAGCUCCUGGCGGUGCCGGAUCCUGACGGUGGCCUUCUCCCGGGUCUGAGCGGGGGGAGUGAGGAAGGGAGACUGUCUCAGGAUGUCCUUCCGGGACGCCAGCCCACCCCAGUGAGGAGCGGAGCUAGUUGACACCGGAUGUGUUUCCUCCCAGGCUAAGUCCACCUUCCGGCUUAGGCCGCCGCUGCUGCGGAAAGCUGCUUUCUGGCUCUCUGAGUCGAUUGUGACCAUGGCUGCUGAAUCCGAUGUCCUGCAUUUCCAGUUUGAACAGCAAGGAGAUGUAGUCUUGCAGAAAAUGAAUCUCUUGAGACAGCAGAAUUUAUUUUGUGAUGUGUCAAUUUAUAUUAAUGACACCGAGUUCCAGGGGCACAAGGUGAUUUUAGCUGCUUGCUCCACUUUCAUGAGAGAUCAGUUUUUACUUACGCAGUCAAAACAUGUCAGAAUCACCAUCUUGCAGAGUGCAGAGGUUGGCAGAAAACUGUUGCUCUCUUGCUAUACAGGAGCACUUGAAGUUAAAAGGAAAGAGCUUUUGAAAUAUUUGACUGCUGCUAGUUACCUGCAGAUGGUUCACAUUGUGGAAAAGUGCACAGAAGCUUUGUCAAAGUAUCUGGAAAUUGAUCUUUCUAUGAAAAAUAACAAUCAGCAUACCGACCUGUGUCAGUCCUCUGAUCCAGAUGUUAAAAAUGAAGAAGAAAAUUCAGAUAAAGACUGUGAGAUAAUUGAAAUUUCAGAAGACAGUCCCAUAAACGUAGAUUUUCAUGUAAAAGAAGAAGAAAGCAAUGUUUUACAGUCUACAGCAGAGUUGACAUCAGAGAGGAAGGAAAUGAAGUCACCAGAGCUGUCUUCAGUAGAUAUUGGUUUUAAAGAUAAUGAAAUUUGUAUCCUCCAUGUGGAAUCUAUCAGUACUGCCGGUGUAGAAAAUGAGCAGUUUUCACAGCCUUGUACCUCUUCAAAAGCAACCAUGUAUUUCUCUGAAACACAGCACUCACUGAUCAAUUCUACAGUUGAGAGCAGAGUGGCAGAAGUUCCUGGGAAUCAAGAUCAGAGCUUAUUCUGUGAGAAUACUGAAGGAAGUCAUGGUACAGUGAAUGAGAUUCAGAACCUGGAGGAUGCUUAUUCACUGAGGCACCAGUGCCCCAGGUGUCCCCGAGGAUUUCUUCACGUUGAAAACUAUCUGCGCCACCUUAAGAUGCAUAAACUGUUCUUGUGCUUACAGUGCGGAAAAACAUUUACACAGAAGAAAAAUCUCAACCGGCACAUUCGAGGGCACAUGGGCAUACGGCCCUUUCAGUGCACUGUGUGCUUGAAGACCUUUACUGCCAAAAGCACACUUCAGGACCACUUGAACAUACACAGUGGAGAUCGCCCAUACAAAUGCCACUGUUGUGACAUGGAUUUCAAGCACAAAUCUGCCCUCAAAAAGCACUUAACCUCUGUCCAUGGCAGAAGUAGUAGUGAAAAACUACCCAGGCAUGAUCUCAAAAGGCAAAAUCUACUAUAAUUAGAACCACAUCUUGCUAUGUAAGCCUUGUAUCGUUCUGUUAGGCAAGUUUUUCUAUAGAAAUGCAGCAGUAUAGUUAUACUGCAUUCCCCUCCUCCCCCAUCUUUGGGUCUUAAUUUUGGUCUGCCUACACGUGUUAUUCUUUCUGAACUUUUACGAACAGUUCCAAAGUGUGGGAGACAUGAUAAAGCUAAUGGGAUGCUGUCUUAUCUCAUGUAUUAUAUGUAAGUCCCAGUGGUAUAACUAGAGAAAUAAUGUUCCUGUCUUAAAUAUUCCUAAUUCCAGUGACAGAGGAUCCAGCAGUAUUUCUAGGUUCUAAUUUUGAGUCUCUAGAUAAAUGAUAUAAAUGUAAAAUCCCAACCAUAUAAUAAUUUUUAGGAAUUAGGAUAACAGGAAGAGAAAAUAACUUAAAAAAAACCGCUAUGAUCCAUUAUUAGUUCUUUGUAGAACUAGUGAAAUAUAUAUAUAUAUACACAUAUACAUAUAUGUGUGUGUGUAUCUAUAUAUAUAUUUACAAACUACUGUUGGAUUCUUAAGUACCAAGGUACUUGUUUUAAACUGUAAGGGAACACACUUCAAAUUCACUUGGGAGUAGCGGAAUUUCCUUGUAUGUGGGCUAAUCUUAAAAUGAUGUUUCCAUGACUUGUUAGUAUACAUAAUUUAGAAGUGAUUAAUUGGGCCCAGGUUUCUCAAUUUUAUUUAACAGAGUUGUAUUUAGUAAUUUUAUGACCAGUGAAAUUAUACCAUUGGCAUGAAACUCUGAAAAAUUUCUUUUAGAAAUUCCAAUUUUGGGGCACCUGGGUGGCUUAGUCAGUUAAACAUCUGACUUCAACCCAGGCCAUGAUCUCAUAGUUUGUGAGUUCAAGCCCCACUUUGGGCUCUAUGUUGAUAGGUUGGGGCCUGGCCCCUGCUUCAGAUUCUGUGUCUCCCUCUCUCUGUUCCUCCCCCAGCUGUGCUCGGUCUCUCUCUAAAAAAUAAACAUUAAAGAAAAAAAUCCCAACUUACCAAAGAUAUUCUUUCUAUUCUUCUUUCUUUCCUUUUUAAAAUUUAUUUUAUAUUCUAGUUAACAUGUAGUAAAACUGACCUUUGUUUUUGGUCUACAUGUCCAUGAAUUUUAAUUCAUGUAAAUUUGUGCAACCACCACUGCAAUCAGGAUACAGAACAUUCCAUCAUCCCUAAAAACUCCCUUAUGAUGCCCCUUUGUAGUCAACUCCUCCACCUGUCUCUAAAUCCUGGCAAUAGUUCUCCAUUGUGUAAUUUUGCUUUUUGUGGAUUGUCAGAAUGGAAUCUUCUGGUGUUCCCUUGUGAGAUGAUUUUUUCACCAAACCAAGUGACUUUGAGAGUCAUCCACUUUGUGUGUAUUUUAAUAAUUUAUUCCGUUUUUACUUUAUUUUUUUUUGAAAACUUAUUUUUCAUGUUUAUUUAUUUUGAGAGAGAGAACACGAGCAGGGGAGGGGCAGAGAGAGAGAGAGAGAGAGAGAGAGAGAGAAUCCAAAGAAGGCUCCUCACUGUCAGUGCAGAGCCUGACACGGAGCUCAAUCCCACAAACUGCGAGAUCAUGACCUGAGCCGAAAUCAAGAGCCGAAAUCAAGAGCUGGGCAGUCAACCAACUGAGCCACCCAGGCGCCCUUCCCUUUUUCACUUUAAGUCGGCCAUAUAUAUUAUGUUGUUGUCACUAGAUGAAUAGUUUAAAUAUGGCUAGCUAUUAGUGUUCUCUUAAUUAUUAAUAACUUCAUGUAUAUUAAUGCAUUUUUCAUUUACCACAAGUUGACAAAAAUCCUAACCAUCCCUAGAGUUUCUGUAUUUCCAGAAAUGAGCCAAAAGCAAAACCAUGACUGUAUGAUUAUUUUAGUGAAAGUAAUAUUUUUUAUUGUGUUAUGAGCCAUUGCUCUCUACUCUCCCUGUGUACAAAUAACAUGAGACUUUUAAUUGUCAUAACAAAGAUUAAAAUCUAUUGCAGGGAAAAUCGUACUCUCUAAAAUGCAGGAACUACUUUUAGUAAAGAAGCCUGACUGGAUACAUCUUACUUUCAAAAUGUUCUAUUCCUCCUGUACUCAUCUCAACUUUAUGUAGAAUUUCUGCUAUCUCUAGGUUCUGUUGAAGCCCUUCCACAUUUGAAAAUGUAAUAUACUUUGUACCAUUUAUAAGAAUUUUGUGAUUGAUCACAUGUUGAUUGUUACAAAUGUUAAAUAUCCUUUUUUGUGAUAUUUUUGGGAAAAAUAUAUUCUCCAUAGAAUUUAACUCUGGGAGAGACUUUAAAGAGUCCAGCUCUCAUCUUUGAUAAGAAAACCAACUUCAUAUCCCUUCCCCCAUGUCCUUCUUAGUGACAUUGGACAGGUCACUUCUCUACCAGUUUUUCUUAAGCUUACAUAUAAAACAAUAAAUUUCAACUUGGUAAUUUCUAAAAUCAUUUCCAGGUCUAAAGUUCUCAUGAUUUUAUAUUUAAAUCUUCCUGAGUUCCUAAGAACAGAGAAGAGGGGAAAGCAAGAGAGGAGAGUUUUGUGUCUUUAUGAAUGUUGCUAUUUGAGUACUGCUUUGGAGACAGAAUUUUUCUAAACUAAGUAGUGUUUUUCUUCCACUGGAGAACAUGAUAGUACAACAUUUAAUUUUCUUUCCCAUUUGACCUAUAAUUGACCAUUUGUAGGUAUGAAAACAUUUUUCUUUCAGAAAUAGUUUGUGAUUGAAGUACUUUUCUUAUGUUGCUUCCUCGGAUGAAAUUUAGUGGGGGAGGGAUGGAGAUGGGAGGGAAGGGUAAAAGAAUAGUAAUAAACUGUUUUUUUAGGAAUUGGUACAUACUAUCUUUGCUGUUUGAAAAAAAAUUAUGGUUGAACUAUGUUUAAGUUUUAUGUGUGCCUUGUAAGAUUCUUGUGACAUUUUUGGUAAGCACUUUGAGAUAUUUGCUUGGGGGGAAGGGUUGUUUUGUGAAAGUGAUGGUUGUUAUUUAUUUUUAUUUAUUCCUGUCCAGUAGCACACAGUGAUCUCAGAACAUUCCUAGAGAGUGUCUGUUUGCAUGAUGUAUAUAAACAAUUCCAGGAAAAUAGAAUCUUUUGAAAAAUGCAGGUAUGGCAAAGUAAAGUGUUGAAUUUAUUCAUUUAAAAUAUUCACUUUUAGUUGUUUGUGUUUCUGAUAUGAUGGGGAAAGAUACAACAUGUUUGAGUUCAGCCUCUUCAUUUACUGCAUUAAUGUAUAAAGGAUCUUGGAAAGGUAGGUUGUUACUUUGGUAUAAGAGAAAAUCCUUGCUGUUUUUCCUUGGAUGUAACUAUUCUAUAUGUUUACAUAAGAAAAAAUAAACUGGAGAUAGGAAUGGA